UCACCACGAGUGAGACAUCUGCGAGCGAGGUGACGUAGUGAAGCCCACGAAGAUCUCGCACACGCUGUGCUUUGUACAAUUCUUUGGAUCGUAUCGAACCGAACCGAACCGAACCGACAUCGACAUGGCAGCAGCAGCAGCAGCACGCAAGGGCCCUGCCAUUGCCGGCUUCACGGCCCUCUCGGACCAGGUGUUUGUGCGCGACGCCACCACCAGCACCGCCAGCACCACCAGCGACGGCAGUGAUGACGACCCGACGACCGUCAUCAUCUACGGCUGGGGCGACGGCCUGCCCAAGCACGUGGCCAAGUACGCCGACGGCUACCGCGAGCUGUUCCCCGCGGCGAGGCAGGUGGUGGUGCUGUCGCCCAUCGCGCGCGCCAUGUUCUCGGACCUGCGGCAGCGCGCCGAGCACAUGGAGCCCGUCGUCAAGGCCGUCUUUGGCGGUGACGAUGAUGAUGAGGGAACGGGAACGACGAGCAACAAGACGGAGGGGAACAGCAGCAGCAGUAACAGCACAAGGGCACCGCGGGUGCUCGUCCAUACCAUGUCCAACACGGGGGCCGUCAACUACGCGGCGACGCUGCACGCCUACCGCGAAGCGCAGCAGCAGCAACUGCGAAACAACAGCACCACGCCGACGCCGAUGCCCCACGACCUGCUCAUCAUGGACUCGACGCCCGGCAGCACCGAGAUGAGCGCCGCCAACGUCUCGCGGUGGUCGCGCGCCAUGGCCAUCGGCACGGCGGCCUGGUUCCCCUGGCCGCGGGCCGCGACGCAGGCCAUCUGGGCGGCGGUGCUGUGCCUCAACGCGCUGUACGCGGCCGUCAUCGGGCGCGAGAGCGCGGGCGCGUGGAGCCGCCGCGCCGUCAACGACGGGGCCUACGAGGCGCCCGCCGCCCGCAAGCUGUACCUCUACAGCCGCGAGGACGACCUCAUCGCGUGGGAGGACGUCGAGGCGCACGCCGCCGAGGCGCGCGAGCGCGGCUGGGAGCCGGACGUGGAGCUGUUCGAGGGGAGCGGGCAUGUCGGGCACAUGCGCAGGCAUCCACGGCAGUACUGGGGUGCGAUCCGGGCGUCGUGGGAGAAGGCAGGGCGUGGGCGCGGGAGGGAGUGA